AUUGCAAUUACCUCAUUUGCCCCUUUUGUAGAGAGUGGAUAUAAUUAUUGUCAUCCAAAAGAGGAAUCCUUUCAAAUUUCCCCAUUUUCUUCCUUCUUCUCUCUGCUCUUCUUCUUCUUCUUCCCCUGCUCAAGCUCAAGAAAACGAAUCUGCAAAAUCCGAUUUGAAAGUUGAGAGAUGGCUCAUAUUCUACUCCAUGGAACCCUUCAUGUCACCAUUUAUGAAGUGGAUAAGCUGCAUUCCAGUCAUAAUAUCUUCACCAAGUUGAGGGAAAACGUAGAAGAAGCAAUUGGUUUUGGCAGAGGAUUAACAAAGCUCUAUGCAACCAUUGAUCUAGAGAAGGCCAGAGUUGGAAGAACAAGAAUUCUUCAGAAAGAACAUUCAAACCCAAAAUGGUACGAGACUUUCCAUAUCUACUGCGCUCACACGGCUUCCAACAUCAUCUUCACUGUCAAGGACGACAAUCCCAUCGGAGCAACCUUAAUCGGCAGAGCAUAUUUGUCCGUCCAAGAAAUCGUAAGCGGCCAAGAAGUCGACACAUGGGUUCCAAUCCUCGACGAAAGCAAGAACCCCAUUCGCGGGGACCCCAAAAUUCACGUCAAAUUACAGUAUUUCGAUGUCACAAAGGAUCGAAAUUGGGGCCGUGGCAUCAAAAGCCCCAAGUUUCCUGGAGUUCCCUACACUUAUUUCUCUCAGAGACGAGGCUGUAAGGUAACUCUUUACCAAGAUGCCCACGUUCCCGACAAUUUUGUUCCCAGAAUCCCUCUUGCCGGAGGCAAGUUUUACGAGCCACAUAGGUGUUGGGAGGAUGUUUUUGAUGCAAUUACUAAUGCAAAACACUUGAUUUACAUUACUGGAUGGUCUGUUUACACUGAGAUUUCUUUGGUGAGAGAUACAAGGAGGCCAAAGCCUGGUGGAGACGUAAUGCUCGGCGAAUUGCUUAAGAGAAAGGCGAGUGAAGGAGUUAGAGUUCUUUUGCUUGUUUGGGAUGAUAAAACUUCUGUGCCCGUUUUGAAGGAGGAGGGGCUCAUGGCAACUCAUGAUGAAGACACUGCCAAGUACUUUGAGAACACUGAUGUCCACUGUGUGCUGUGCCCUCGUAAUCCUGAUGAUGGGGCCAACGUUAUUCAGGACAUAGCGGUUGGGACUAUGUUCACUCAUCACCAGAAGACUGUUGUGGUGGACAGUGGGUUGCCUAAUGGGGAUCCAAACAGAAGGAGAAUUGUGAGUUUUGUUGGUGGGAUUGACCUCUGCGAUGGAAGGUAUGAUACCCCUUUGAUGACGAAUACAUAAUCGUUGGAUCAGCCAACAUCAACCAAAGAUCAAUGUCUGGCGCCAGGGACUCAGAGAUAGCCAUGGGAGCAUACCAGCCAUUUCAUCUGUCAACUCGAGAGCCAGCGCGAGGCGAAAUCCAUGGCUUCCGCCUGGCAUUAUGGUACGAACAUCUAGGACUGCUCCAUGAAUCCUUCCUCUACCCAGACAGCAUUGAGUGUGUGAGAAGAGUGAACCAACUUGCUGAUAAAUAUUGGGAUCUGUAUUCGAGCGAGAGUUUUGAGCAUGAUCUUCCUGGCCACUUGCUUCGCUACCCCAUUGGCAUCUCUGAAGAUGGUGAAGUUACAGAGCUUCCAGGAUUCGAGUGCUUCCCCGAUACCAAGGCGCGAGUUCUUGGUGCCAAAUCUAACUAUCUCCCUCCAAUCCUCACUACUUGAAGAGGAAGAGAAAGCACUUUUAUAUAUAGAAAACCACUUUUUACUCACUUUUGUAGAAAGAAAAUGGUUGCUUGCUUUUUUCUUCCUUGAAAUUGCUUUUCUUUCUUACUCUGUUUCCAUGGGAAGAGGAAGGAAUCAUUGUGUUUUCUGAAACUGGUUAAUACUUAAUGUUAUGAAUGUGAAUGGUGAUUGAAGUUUCUUCUAAUGACAAAGUUGGUUUUGUUUGUUC